GUCGGGCUCCGGGCACGCCAGCUCCUCCGUCGUCGGGUGGCGAAGACGCGGCAGGAGCACCGGAAACGCGUCUUGGAAGCUGUGCGGCUAGAGAUCGCAGCAAGUCGCAAAAAGCGUCGACUCAUGUGCAGUCACUGUGGUGCCCAAAUUGAAGCGGAGACACCACGCGGGCUCGCAGAUGCUGCCAGCACGAACAAAACCAUGGACAGAAUCUGCUGUGAAACUUGCCGCACAUUGCAGCCAAGCACCGAGCCACGUAGCCCGGCCACAAUGGCCGCACUCGCGCCCUUCACGUAUCGGUGCCCCCUGUGCAACGCAGCGGUCCGGUCCACAGUGCGCGACGGCAAAGUGGAUAAUCGUGAGACCUGUGGCCACAGGUUUCAGGUAAGGGAUGGGCUCGUAGUCGCAUCAGAAGCUCGGACAAAGCUUUGCACUUACCACUGCCCACACUGCAGAGAAGCAGUCGACUCCGGUGUACAAACCGGACGCAUCGACAACCGACACCAGUGUGGACACCGGUUUACCGUUACUGCGGGAGUGGUGGUACCGAGCGAGACAAAGCAGCACAGCUACACGUAUGCUUGUCCGCAAUGCCAGGCAAAAGUCAUUUCAACGAUAAAGGACGGACGCAUCGACAACCGACGCCGCUGUGGACACCGAUUUACAGUCGCUGCGGGUACUGUGGCAGCAGCAGAGAAAGAGGAAGACACGUACACAUACAAGUGUCCGCAGUGCCAAGCGAAAGUCAUUUCAACGAUAAAGAACGGACGCAUCGACAACCGACACCAGUGUGGACACCGGUUUACCGUCGCUGCGGGCGCUGUAGCAGCAGCAGAGACAGAAGAAGACACGUACACAUACAAGUGUCCGCAAUGCCAAACGAAAGUCAUUUCAACGAUAAAGAACGGACGCAUCGACAACCGACACCAGUGUGGACACCGGUUUGCCGUCGCUGCGGGCGCUGUGGCAGCAGCAGAGACAGAAGAAGACACGUACACGUACAAGUGUCCGCAGUGCCACGCGAAAGUCACUUCAACGAUAAAGGACGGACGCAUCGAUAACCGACACCUCUGUGGACACCGCUUUACAGUCGCUGCGGGUGCUGUGGCAGCAGCAGAGAAAGAAGAAGACACGUACACGUACAAGUGUCCGCAGUGCCAAGCGAAAGUCACUUCAACGAUAAAGGAUGGACGCAUCGACAACCGACACCACUGUGGACACCAAUUUACAGUCGCUGCGGGGGCUGUGCUCAACCUGGAACCAACGCGGAAACGAGUCUAUGCGUACAAGUGUCCGUACUGCCGCGCAAAGGUGAACACCACAGUGCGAGAUGGUCGAAUAGACCACAGACGGCAAUGCGGCCAUAGAUUCAACGUGUCUGGCGGCAAAGUCGUGUAA